AUGAGCCCCUCCGCAGUCGAAGGUAACGGAGUCGCAGACGUCAAGACGAACCUCAAGCCCAACGUUGGUGUUUAUACCAACCCCAACCAUGAUCUCUGGGUCGCUGCCGCCGAACCUUCUGCCGAAGCUGUCAAGUCUGGGUCUGACUUGAAGCAUGGCGAGGUCAGUGUAGCUAUCCGAAGCACUGGUAUCUGCGGUUCUGAUGUUCACUUCUGGCACGCCGGUUGCAUCGGUCCUAUGAUCGUCGAGGGAGACCACAUCUUGGGACAUGAAUCUGCCGGAGAAGUCAUCGCCGUGCACCCAUCUGUCAGCCAUCUCAAGGUUGGCGACAGAGUCGCCGUCGAGCCCAACAUUCCUUGCGGUACCUGCGAGCCCUGCCUGACUGGCCGAUACAAUGGUUGCGAGACCGUCCAGUUCCUGUCUACCCCUCCUGUCCCCGGCAUGCUCCGUCGAUACAUCAACCACCCUGCUGUUUGGUGUCACAAGAUUGGAAACAUGUCAUAUGAGAAUGGUGCUCUUCUCGAGCCUCUCAGUGUUGCUCUUGCAGGCAUGCAGAGGGCUGAGGUUCGCCUCGGAGACCCUGUUCUGAUCUGCGGCGCUGGACCUAUCGGAUUGAUCACACUACAGUGCUGUGCCGCCGCCGGUGCUUCACCCAUUGUCAUUACUGAUAUUUCAGAGAGCCGAUUGGCAUUCGCCAAGGAGCUCUGCCCCCGCGUUAUCACACACAAAGUCGAGAGACUCUCUGCUGAGGAUUCCGCAAAGGCCAUUGUCAAGAGCUUCGGCGGCGUGGAGCCCACCGUAGCUAUGGAGUGUACUGGUGUCGAGAGCAGCAUCGCCGCUGCUGUCUGGUCUGUCAAGUUUGGCGGCAAGGUCUUCAUCAUUGGUGUUGGAAAGAAUGAAAUUAACAUUCCUUUCAUGCGCGCAAGUGUUCGAGAGGUCGACAUUCAGCUACAAUACCGAUACUGCAACACCUGGCCCCGAGCCAUCCGCCUGAUCGAGAACAACGUGGUUGAUCUUUCCAAGUUGGUUACCCACAAGUACAAACUUGAGGAUGCCAUCAAGGCCUUUGAGACGUCGGCGGAUCCUAAGAGCGGGGCGAUCAAGGUCAUGAUCCAGAGCUUGGAAUAA